GCGUCCGCCGGCGCGCGUCAGUCAGUCGGGGCCCUGGGCUGACGUGGUUGGACCUGCUGUGCCCUGUGCCAGUGCCCCGGCUCCCGCUCGUUCUCUUCGGAGCGCCCGGCACUUAGCAACCCCGGGCCAGAGCCUAGCUGGGCCCGCCGGCCGCAGCGCCCUCCCUCCGGCGCCAUGUCGCAGAGCGGGACCCCCGGAAUGCAGGAGGAGAGCCUGCACGGCUCCUGGGUGGAGCUGCACUUCAGCAGCAACGGGAGUGGGGGCAGCGUGCCCGCCUCGGCCUCACUGUACAACGGAGACAUGGAGAAGAUCCUGCUGGACGCCCAGCACGAGUCUGGACGGAGCAGCUCCAAGAGCUCCCACUGCGACAGCCCGCCUCGCUCUCAGACUCCACAAGACACGAACCGCGUGUCGGAGACAGACAGCCACAGCACUGGGGAGAAGAACAGCUCCCAGUCUGAGGAAGAUUACAUUGAGAGAAGGCGGGAAGUGGAAAGCAUCCUGAAGAAGAACUCGGACUGGAUAUGGGACUGGUCCAGUCGGCCGGAGAACAUCCCCCCCAAGGAGUUCCUGUUCCGGCACCCGAAGCGCACGGCUACACUCAGCAUGAGGAACACGAGCGUCAUGAAGAAGGGGGGCGUCUUCUCGGCCGAGUUCCUCAAAGUCUUCUUGCCAUCCCUGCUGCUCUCGCACCUGCUGGCCAUCGGGCUGGGGAUCUACAUUGGGCGGCGGCUGACCACCUCCACCGGCACCUUCUGACGCGGAGCUAGAAACGGCGCUUCUCACGGGGAGCGGGGCCCUGGGGGCCAGGCCGGCGGAGGCGCCGCCCUGGUCCUGGGGGUUUGGCCGCCCUGUGGGUCUGCUCUGUGAAUGCCGAGUGCCUGGUGUCGUGAGGGGAGGGCGGCGCUGCGGACCCGCCCCCCGUGCCUGCGGGAGCGGUCAGCGAGCAUGUCGCGCUGACCCUGCUGAAGUGACCGGGUGGCAGUGUUCUUCGAUGUUAUAAAUAGCCGAGCGUAGAUGAUUCCACCAUGCUAGUCAGGACGUACGUAGUGUUGUAGUAAAAUGACCCGUGACCUUAACCAGUUACGAUUCGCCCUGCUCUGAAAGACGAGUACUGUUGUGACUUCAAUGACUCCAGAAAGGGUUCAUCCCAAACGAACAGGGCCUGUGUCCACGCCGCCGUAGGAGACCCUGGGUGUGGCUGUGUGGGGUCCGGGGCCCACGGCAGGCUCUGUGUGGCACAGACGCUGGCCUGUGUGCUGGGCAGGGUGGUGGCUGUUAGUGACCACACGGGGACGUGCCUGGACACCUGCUGAGUACCUUCCUCGUUUCCACGUUAGGGGCUGGGUUGAGGCUUUUGUGUUCGUGUCUGCGUGCUGAGAGUCGGUUCCCUUCUAAGCAUCUGUGUCUACUUUACAAGACUGGAAAUACAAAAAAUAAAUCUUUGCCAAACCCUUCA